AUGGCCGAUGAGGACGAUAAUCCAGUAGACGAUAACGCAAUGGCUAAUUCCUCAUUUUCCGACUUUAUUAGAACUGGUAUACACAAUUUAUCAUACGUAUUGAUACCAUUUUUAGGAGCAAUAAAACAUGCCCGAGUACAUGAAAUACGUGGUCAUCAAUUUGUCGCCACAUUCUUCCGACAACCCACAUUUUGCUCCUUAUGCUCCGAUUUUAUGUGGGGUUUGAACAAGCAAGGCUAUCAAUGCCAAUUGUGCUCCACUGCUGUACAUAAAAAAUGCCAUGAGAAGAUCAUCAUGCAGUGCCCAGGAUCAGCGAAAAACACCAAAGAAACGAUUAUUAUGAACGAUACUAUAGCUCCCAUUGCCAUCCAUCCAUUCAUUCAUCCUGGAUUCCUUCAUUUUCAGGCGUUGAAGGAACGAUUCAAGGUCGACAUACCGCAUCGUUUCAAAACCUACAAUUAUAAAAGUCCUACCUUCUGUGAUCAUUGUGGCUCAAUGCUUUAUGGAAUAAUCAAGCAAGGAAUGCGUUGCGAAGGUAUGUUCCCCAUAUUUUAUCCCUUUUCAUUUCCUUAUUAG